UGUGUAUAGUUGGUUGCCACCAAGUAUUAACAUCUCCAAAUAUAAAUAUUUUAACCUUGUUUUUCUAACAGGCUUGGAGCUCAUCGUUGUAUAUUUGUCGUUAUGUUACGCUGGUGUUCUAUAUUUGAUUAGUUGUUUAUUAUGGCAUCGCAAGGCAACCCCCCUCCCUACCAACAAUCACAAGGUUACUACCAAGGAGGCAACCCCCAACCACCCCAACAACCAACCACCUACAAUUACCAACAAGCGCCGUACCAAGGCGACCAAUCUAAGCAACCAUUAUUGGGAUAUCCACAGAAUUACCAACAACAAGGUUACACACACACAACAAUAAUCCAGCAACCUCAUGUUCCGGUUGUGGUGGUGGGUGGUUGUCCUGCGUGUAGGGUUGGAGUUUUGGAAGACGACUACACGUGUUUAGGGGUUUGUUGCGCAAUCUUGUUUUUCCCGCUCGGAAUUCUAUGUUGUCUGGCUAUGAAACAACGUCGAUGUCCUAAUUGUGGAGCCGUCUUUGGCUAAAUCAACUUUCUUAUUUUCUUUCAAAUCCAUUUACUUAAAUCUGUUUUGUAAGUUAUUUAUAUUUUUGUAAACUCGCGUAUCCGUCACACAAAAAAACUAAUUGUCGUAGAAUUUACCAAGUUUGAAUUUUCUUUUUACCAAUAACUAACAUGUUGUAAUUAUUUUACCUUAUGUUAAAACUAAACAACAUUUUAUUUCCAACAAACCGAUGUUAAAUCCAACACACCAGGUUUCCUGAAGUAACUUAACCACGCAUGGUGUGAUAGCUGGUGUUUUCUGUUGUGCAAUCAAGUGUUAUUCUAUUUUUUUUCAUAAUUUCUCUGAAUAUCUUGUGCCUUGUAUGUUAUUAAAUGCAAAACAUUGAAA